AUGUCCGGUCAACUUGUAAAGAUCGGGGACGAGCGCUUCUCGAUCAAAGAGAUACCAUCUAGCGGCACCGCACUUGUCCUGAAGAAAAAGGACAUGAUUCUUGGAUCAGUCGAUCUUCCUGCAUUGGUUUCCGACUUGGGUCGAGUGGGGAAUUGCGUCCGAAUCGCAUACAAUGGAGUUGCAGGCUACACCAAGCUACAGAUCGAAAUACGACAAAUUGGUGUCGAUGUGACUAAGCUCUGCGAUAAGUCCGCCGUGACAGUGGCGAGCUUCAAGGGGGCCUCCGAAAGCGUUCUCGGUCGUCUCAAAAGUACGUACGGGUUUCUUCUUAGUGGCUUUGAGAAAAUGGCUCUGGUAACCCUCAAAGCCGUUACGCAAGUGGCGAAGGAGAUGUCUUCUGCUGCCGAUGAGCUCCACAAAGAAUUCGAUGAACAAUCGAAACGAGUCGAAAAGGCUCUUAGCUCAACGAUGGAGACCAAAGGAUCGGAAGAAGAUAGGAAAAAACAAAAAGCGGAAGAGUCGGCGAAGCUGCAAGUUGACAAAGCCAAGGCGGUGGAAGAUAAAAAAACGGCCGAACAAGACUUCGAAUUAUACGAAGAAAAAUAUCAAGCAGCUGAAACGAAGCAAACGUCUUACGAGGCGAGCAGUCAAAACGUUUUAAAGAGGGUUGCCAAUGCCUUUUUAUCGCCCAUUACCGGUGGCAACGUUUUUGACACUGAAGGAGACGUAAGGCGGGCUCAGGAGGCACGUGAAGAAAAGUUACGACAUCUUGAAGAAAUGAGCAAGAAGAGACAAGCGCGUAGUAACGCACUGAAAGAUAUCGCCGAGUUUGCGAAGAAACUCGAACAGUGUAAAGACGACAGCGAACUAGCCGAUGUUGCUAUAGACGCCCUUCACAGCGCCAUUGGAGGUUUACAAAAGCUUUCUGCAACGAUGAUGAAGGCAGCCCUGUUCUGGAAACAGGUGCAAGUGCACUGCGAACGGUUGGCUCAAGAGAGGAUGACGGAGUGGGUUGAAACCGCAAUGACGAUGGAGAAGAAAGACCGGCUGGCAUUUUGGGAAGAUCCCACAUUUCAAGAAGAGGCGAUCGGUUACUACGCUGAGUGGGUUGCCCUAGAUGACGUUUGCGGGAUCUAUAUGCAGAAAAUCAAGGAGACGCAGAAGGAUCUCUAUGGCUAUCUCACUGAGAAUCCAACACUAGCUCAAGCUAGGAGCAAUGUUCGUAACCUAGCUACCAAGUUUCUCAAGGAAAUAGCUGCUGAGGAAAAAGCCAUUGCCGCAAAAGAAUCUGCUUCGCAAGAAGAAAAGAAAAAAAUUGAGACCGAAGUGAAAAAUAAUUAA